CAUAUAAAAUGAGCUACUCUGCCAGCUGCUUGAGUGCCUCUCACAUCUCUUUUGUUUAUCUGCACAAAAUAUAUUGACUCGUUUUUAACAUUUAUUAAGCACUUUUAGCAUUUUACCCAACCCAAAUUAAUCUUUCAAAUAUGGCACCUCUUCGUCUCGGAUCCGUCGCACCCGACUUUAGCGCCGAAACCACAACCGGCCCCAUCAAGUUCCACGAUUUCAUCGGCGACUCGUGGGCCGUGCUGUUCUCGCAUCCCGCUGACUUCACCCCUGUUUGCACGACCGAGCUCGGUGAGGUUGCCAAGCUUGCACCCCAAUUUGCCAAGCGCGGUGUCAAGGUCAUCGGCCUAAGUACCAACGAUCUGGCCGAUCACGACAGAUGGGUCGACGACAUCAACGAGGUCAACAACGUCAACCUCGCCUUCCCCAUUAUUGCUGACAAGGAUCGCGACGUCGCCACUCUUUAUGACAUGCUCGACAGCGUUGAGCACGACGCCUCCAACGUUGUGAAUGGCAUCCCCUUCACUGUGCGCUCUGUUUUUGUCAUUGACCCAGCCAAGAAGAUCCGCUUGAUUCUCACGUACCCUGCCAGCUGUGGCCGCAACUUUGACGAGAUCCUGCGCGCGAUUGACUCGCUCCAGCUUUCGGACAGACAGCCAAUCGCAACCCCGGCUAACUGGCAGCCCGGAGGAGAAGUCAUCGUUCAUGUCAGCGUCUCCACAGAGAAGGCCAAGCAAAUCUUCCCAGAGGUCAGGGAGGCACUUCCUUACUUGCGCUUUGCCACUCUGCCUGUCGAGGAGGGUGAGGAGGAGAAAUAAUCUAUUUAAUUUGUAAUAAAACCAA